AUGGCUCCGUUAGAACUCCAGGGCAAUGAUGACUACGAAGCCAUCGCGCGAGCGGUUCAACCAGUACCCCGCCAUCGAUCCCACGACCCCGCCAACAAUCAGAAACGAACAGAUCCCUUCCAAUUCGGCUCGCGCUAUCUCGAAGAAGGCGACGAUGUUUUUGAAUUCAACGCGUGGGACCAUGUUGAAACUGACGCUGACUACCGCGAGUAUGCAGAACUUCAAUACUUAAGGCAGAAAGAAUCCCCUGUUUCUGAAGAAGCUCGUGACAAGUACAACGCGAACCCUUCCAAAUUUUGGAAUCUAUUUUACAAACACAAUGCGAGCAAUUUCUUCAAGAAUCGCAAAUGGCUCCACCAGGAAUUCCCUAUCCUAACAGAGGUUAUUUUGGAGGUUGGCGCUGGUGCGGGCAAUUCUGCGUUUCCCAUUCUUGCAAAUAAUAAGAAUGAGCAACUGAGGCUGCAUGCAUGCGAUUACUCAAAAAAAGCAGUAGAGGUUAUCCGCAAGGCUGAGCAUUACGAUGAGAGGUAUAUGCAAGCGGAUGUAUGGGAUGUUUCGGCUGAGGGCGAGGAUUCUUUCCCCCCUGGCCUAGGGCCGGACUCUGUUGAUGUGGUCGUGAUGAUUUUUAUAUUCUCCGCCCUUUCUCCUAGUGAGUGGUGCCGUGCGUUGAGGAACAUUCACCAGGUUCUGAAGCCAGGUGGACAUGUGCUUUUCAGGGAUUAUGGAAAGGGGGAUCUCGCACAGAUGCUGGAUGCAGGGCGUUUUCAGAAAAAGAAGGCCAAAUUGCAGUCCAGCACUUCCAGCCCGGAUACCGAGAAAGUUGAGCUUAACUGA